AUGAUUGAAGAUAGAGUUGGAGAGAUUCAAGAACGAGUUUCUGCUGUCAAGCAACAGAUAAAAGAAAGAAUUUCUGCUGUCCAGCAACAAAUCAAAGAAGGGACACCAAAAACUUAUUCUGCCUGCAAUACAGAAGAUUUGCGAGAAGUAUUGGAGCAUAUAUCAAGAAAAUAUCCUGAAUUUCCCAUUUAUGGAGUUGGAAUCUCUCUAGGUGGUAUUAUUUUAGGGCAUUACUUAGCUGAAUCAAAAUCAAGAUCUACAAUUUCUGCCGCAUUUCUCAUAUCUGUAGCUUUUGACAUUCAUGCUGGUGAAGCUAGUUUAUCGAUUCCUGGUUUGAAUCUUAUGCUUAAUAAAUAUUUAACUCAAAGGCUUUGCACCGUGAUUAAACCGCACAAACAGAUGUUUAGAUCAGUGAACAUUGAUGUGGAUUACGUUUUAAAAAGCAAGACAGUACGAGAUUUCGAUGAACGAUUUACUUCCAGAAUAUUUAAAUAUAAAAAUGUGGAUGAAUAUUAUGCAGCUGCUACUCUGAAGUCAAAGAUUACUCAAAUUGAUGUUCCAGUUCUUUGCUUGAAUGCUGCUGAUGACAUAUUUUGUCCCUUAACUGCUCUUCCAUGUGAUGAAGUGCUGCACAAAAGAAACAUUGCUUUGGUUAUAUCUUCUCGUGGAGGGCAUAUAGGUUUUAUGGAUGGAAUUUAUCCAGCACCACCAUUUUUCUCAGAAAGACUCUUUAAACAGUACUUACAAGGGCUUUUGUCAGUAAAUGUUAAUCAGACAAACAAAAGUAUGUUCUUAUAAUGUUUUUAUUCGUUAAACAUAUAUUUAUACAAAUGCAAUAACAUUUACUUAAGAAAAUUUGUAUAAAAA